UGUUCUUUCGUGGACUGCAGUUGAGAGUUGAGACUUGAGACUCCCCCUCUCUUCUGUAUCCGCGCGCGGCUUCCUCGCGCCUUCAUCUCCGCACUCCGGCUCUGCAUUAGAAAAACUCCCGGCAGUUCGAGCUCAAGCGUCACCCCGAGGCACGAAGUCAACGACCUAGCUGAUCACCCAUCCAUCCCGCUCAGCGCGGCGCUCAUCGGAUCUGCCGCAAGAAAGGUUAUGUUAUUAUAAGCAAGCUGCUGUUGUGUGGCAGCCACGGAUCGUCAUCUUGCCCCAACUCCAUAGCGUAGCGCGCAGAGGGAGCCUUCUUGCUUAGGACAGUCCAGAACACGAGGCAACGGCGACGGCUAUGGGCGGACAUGGCCACCCUUACUCGCCGGCGGAGCUGGAGCUGCCAGGGUUCGUGCCGCAGCGGCUGUCGCAGGGCCAGAUCCUCGCCCCUUUCGUGGGCACCGCCGUCUUCUCCGUCCUCGGCGCCUGGCUCAUCUCCGGAAGAUGCGGCGGCGGUAGAUUAUCCAAGACCGACCGCUUGCUCUUGGGCUGGUGGGUGUUCACCGCGCUGGCUCACAUCGUCUUCGAGCCACCCUUCCUCUUCACCCCUGAUUUCCUCAGCAAGGAGAACCCAAAUUUCUUCGACGAGAUGUUUAAAGAGUACAGCAAAGGUGACUCCAGAUACGCCUCUCGGAACACUGUAGUCCUCGCACUUGAAGUGAUAACUGUUGGGUUCAAAGGCCCUGCAUCGCUUCUUGCAGUCUAUGCGAUUGCAUCCCGGAAGUCGUACAGCCACAUCCUCCAGUUCGCCGUUUCUCUGAGCCAGCUAUACGGAUGCUUGGUUUACUUCAUCACCGCGUACUUGGAUGGCUUCAACUUCUGGGUCAGUCCGUUCUACUUCUGGGCAUAUUUCAUCGGUUCCAACAGUUCAUGGGUGAUCAUACCGACGCUCGUCGCCACAAGGAGCUGGAAGAAGAUUUCGGCAGCAUUUCAAGCUGAGAAGGUCAAGACCAGAUAAUCCUGCAUUCCUGUGUGGUUGUGUCCUGCCGUGCGUUUGCCACACGUCAGAAGUUUUAUCCUCUUCGCUUGAGCUUUUAUGUAUAUUCAACAGUAUUUUUUCCUCACAAUAAAUCAGUGGAUAGUACUUUGAGUUAAACAAACAGUACUGUACAAUGCAUGCUAUACGAGAAUGGGCAUCAUGAUCAUUUGUUGCUGAAUAUGGGGUUCUUGUGUUCUUGGUAAAAGUAAACCUAUA